GAAAUGUGGCAUUUGGAUCUUGAGUAUUGCCUAUAUAACUGGUAGCGUUAUCAUAAGCACAAAUUUUUCCCUUCUUGAAGCUUUUUUUUUUCUAAUUUUUCUGACGAAGUCCUCCCGCAAUCUCAUCGAAUCCGGUGACGGAAAAAAUCAAUUAUUUCCUUUUACUAAUUAUUGGUGACCUGGUGGCUCGAGAAGCAGUCCAUACUCAAUUAUUCAAGACCUUGUGCUUCGAGUUCUGUAGUACUAUUGCACUGCAUUAUUUAGAACACAGUCUGGAGCAUUGCAUAGUGUAUGCUUAUUAUUUAGGAUGUAAAGUGACGUAAAGAUCUGUAUUUUGCAACUGGAAAAACAAGUAGAGAUUCAGAGGCCUUGAUUAGGAAAAUAUUUAGAGCAACUACUACUCUUGGUGAGUCUAUACGCAAUUGAAUAUGUUUUUUUUCUCUCGUGUAAGUUUCUGCCUCAUCUCAUUCACUAAUUACUGUCACAUUACACAAAUUUGUGUUUUAUUGGCAGCCUUCUUGUUUUUUUCCCUGCUAUGUAUGGUUCAGCAGUGUUUAUUCCUCUCACAACACAACAUCACUUUGUCUUUUGAUUGUCUUUGUGGCUUUCAUAGUUAUCUAUUCUUUUGUUAGAGUUGUGUUCAUCCUAAUCUGCCGGGGUAAGGUUUCGGGAGUUAAUGUCUUCUUUGGGAGAUCCAUUGCAUCAAUGGUUAGAAAUUCAUAUAUUAGGAGGCUUUGGUUUAAAAUUAAAGGAAUUAGUAGGUUUAGGUUUUAGUGGGUCAUGCCUUGACAAGUAGUGGAGUUGUUGGCAAGCAGACAGAGCCCUAGUGGAAGUCAGAAUUCAGAAGUUUGGAGGAUGGUUCCUCUAUGCUUAAUGUAGUGCAUUUGGCGAGAAUGUAAUGCCCUGAUAUUUUAAGACUGAGAGGAUGGCAAGAGAGUUAAAAAACCAUAGUAUUCAGCACCCUCUAUGCUUCAAUGGCCGCUCACACCAGCUCCCUACUCCUUAAUUUUCUAGAUUUCAAAGUUUUCCAUUAUUUUUUUCUUCUUACUAGUUGGAUGUAUCCCUUUGUAUACCUUCUGUGUACUAGGGUUGUGCCCCUCCGUGCCAGUCAUAAAAUUAAAUAACUUAGGCAAAAAAAAAAAAAAAAAACUCAGUGAGCAUUGGAAAACUGUGUGCACAGAGACUAUUCAUUCAGUUAGAAGUUUGAUAUUGUGGUCAAAACACUUUUUAUCCAUCAUAAUUAGUGGAUUAAAUUAUUUUGAAGUUGUUUAGUUUCAGUAGCCAACUCAUUCUGCUCUUGUACAUGCACAUUGCCCUUAUUCAGGCACGUUUUCUGGUAAGAUGUUGGACAUUCCUUUUUUUUUUUUUUUUUUUUUUUUUUUUUUUUUUUAUGUUUUUUUAUCAGAAACACCUACUUUUAGAUCUUGUGCACGUUGGACCUCAUCAAGGCUAGUUUUCCAGUAAGAUGCUGGUGAUUUCCUUUUCUGGAUUUGGUGAGGUGGACUCAAACUUAGUUGUAUCAUGUUAUGAAUAGUUUUUGUGAAAUUAAGAAGUGAACUGAAGGAAUUUGGUAGAUGAAAGAUUAGCUGAGAAGGGUUGUUUGCAGCAUUUUAAGAUGGAUAUAACUGGAUGCAGAGAGUCUUGAGGAUGCUGUCGAAAUUGGAUGAGAAAAAAAGUAUCACAUUUGUUAUUUAGAGGACAAGUAUACAGGCCAAUAUGAUGAUUUCGUGGUGGUUCCAAUAAUAUUGACAAAUUUGUUCUAUGAGAAGGCUGAUUGGAUGUCAGCCAGUUUUCUGUACAUGGGCUCAGCCUAGUUUCAUACGUUUCAAUAAAGUUUAUUACUUAUAAAAAAUAUAUAUAUAUAUAUAUAUAUAUAUAUAUGUCAGCCAGUUGGUUGAUAACAUCUUUUUGCAAUCAGUGAUUGUGGUCUAUGGUUAGUAUCAUACUUUUGAAUGCCUAAGAAGAAGAAAAGAAAAAAUUGAGGACAAGUGUAUGUUUUCACUUUGCUGCUUAUUUAAUUAAAGAACCACCUUGAUCAUGAUGUGAUAAAAGACGGUAUGAUUUUGUUGCCUAUUUUUUGGAAGUCUGAAGGGUCCAUGUGAGUGAUAUCUUUUAGUCAUUUUGGUUUGCCGCCCAUAACCGUCUACCAUCAUUUUUUUUUUCUGUUUGACAUGUAUGUGCUUUCAUCUCAUUUUAGAUUAGAAUUUCUCUGUUGCAUUGAUGUGUCACUGACAAGUUUUGCCUUCAACAAUGUGUUAAGUUCUGUUCAUUCAAUGUAGAAGUAUGCUUGAUAGUUCUGGUUUUCUGACAAUGAAAUGUGCUUGAGUAGUUUACAACAGUGCAAACAAGAUGGCUGGUGUAAAACGAAGAAUGCAUUGUGAUUCAGAUAUAUGUGCUCUUCACAAAGAGUUGGAUGAAGUUUUGUGUCCUAUCUGCAUGGACCAUCCACAUAAUGCUGUUCUCCUCCUGUGCAGCUCACAUGAUAAGGGUUGUAGGUCUUACAUUUGCGAUACAAGUUAUAGGCAUUCAAAUUGCCUGGACCGCUAUAAAAAAUUAAGGGCUAACUCUAGGAACAGUCCAACUUUACCCAGUUCUUUGCCUGUAAACUCACACAAUCCUGGUAAUACCUCUGAUAUGAACAUGGCUUUGAGUACUGACUUAAAUGAGGCUAGUGAAAACCACAAUGUAAAUGUAAGAGACACAAUAAUAUCUGCUGGAUCACCGGGAGGAGAGGCUAGUGAAAACCACAAUGUAAAUGUAAGAGACACAAUAAUAUCUGCUGGAGCACCGGGAGGAGAUGGACCAAGUAGAUUUGUAGAAAUACAAGAAGGUAUGUUAGAAACAGUUGAUUCUGAAUCCUUUCAGGAAAGAGUUGAGGUUGAAGAUUUAGGUGUGGAGAACUCAUCCGAAUUAAAAUUGAGCUUGCAAUGCCCAUUGUGCCGAGGAACCAUACUUGGCUGGGAAGUUGUGGAAGAGGCCAGGAAAUAUUUGAACCUCAAGAAGCGAAGUUGCUCCAGGGAAUCGUGCUCGUUCUUUGGUAACUACCAGGAAUUGCGACGACAUGCCAGAAGGGUUCACCCUACAACCCGACCCUCCGACAUUGAUCCAUCUAGAGAACAAGCCUGGAGACAUCUUGAGCACCAGAGAGAGUAUGGUGAUAUUGUUAGUGCUAUUCGUUCAGCUAUGCCUGGUGCUGUUGUGGUUGGGGACUACAUCAUUGAAAAUGGAGAUCGACUGGCAGGCGAAAGGCAAAGUGGCGCAGGGGACACUAAUGGCCCAUGGUGGACUACUCUGUUUUUGUUUCAGAUGAUUGGCUCAAUGGACAGUGUUGGGGAACCUAGGGCCCGGUCAAGGGCUUGGACAAGGCAUCGACGCACAGCAGGAUCUUCAUCCGAACGGCGGUUUCUUUGGGGCGAGAACCUGUUGGGUUUGCAUGGUAAUGAUGACAAUGAUGAAGACGCUUUACGAAUUUUAGAUGAAGAUGCAUCACCAGUUCCUAGAAGGCGCCGGCGCUUAGCACGGUCAAGGUCCAAUGAAGAUCGACCCUGAAGCAUAAUUAUAUAUGUGAUGCCUGCUGAUUAAGAACCAUGAUUUCAGAAACUUGUAAGGUUGGUCCCUGUCAAGAAGCAGCAGAAAGUCUAUCCCGAGAUGGCUUCAACAUGAGCGGGAUUAUAGUUCAGCUCAAGUUCUGUAAAUGAAGUGGAAAAGAGAGUUUCAAUUCUAUUGCUAAAGGCUGACUUAAACACGAUUCACACCUGGCUAUUUCCAUUGCAGGUGGAAGUGGAGUUGAUGCAUUGUUAUUGCUAGGGACUUUGUAUUUGUGUUAUGAAUUAUGUCUGGAUGGAUCUCCAUUCGAAUUAUUAUCUACCGUCGAAGUUGUUUUCAUUAUUUCUUGUUUUUUUCAUUCCCAAUUGUAAUUCUGGUAAUGUAAAGUUAAUGUAAUAUAAUUCUUCAGAACAUUCCUUUCUUUAAUGGCCAUUACCGUUUAUCAA